ACACAACAUGACUGAGAAGAGUGAUAUAUGUCUGCUGGGACUGAUCCUUCUCUCUUCACUAUUCACAGGUGUGAGUGGAGCAGAAGCGACUCAUGUGUUCAUCAGUUCUGGUGAAAGUGUGUCUCUGUCCUGUAAUGCUUCUCUUCAUCAAUGCUCCUCAACUACAUGGAUCUACAAUAAAUAUACAACAUCAUCUGAAGUAGAAGUGUUUACUGGAGGAAUAAAUAAGAAUAACACAGAGAGAUCUGAGAGACUGAGUCUGACAUCUGACUGCUCUCUCAACAUCUAUAACACAACACAACAUGAUGGUGGACUUUACAUCUGCAGACAAUAUGUGAAUGGACGUCAUCAUGGACCUGAUUCAUAUGUUUUACUACAUGUUCUUCAUGUGUCUUCAUCAUCAUCACAGACUGAGAUAAGAGCAAACACAUCUGUCACUCUCUCCUGUCAGCUGUUUUCAUAUUACUGUGAUCAUGUGUUCAGUUAUGAUGGAUUUCAGCUGGUGUGGAUGAAUCAGACUGAUGUUGAUCUACAGACAGACUCCAGAUAUCAGAUUAGAUCAGAUAAACUCUGUCUCAUCUCUCUGACUACAACACUCGUGAAUGAAGACGACAACACAGAGUUGAGAUGUGUGCUCAAACACAAGAAUGACAUCAAGACCUCAGUCACAUAUACUGUCAGAUUUACAGAUUCAAACAAGAUUCUAGUGACCACCACAAACCCUGAGAGAUUCUCAACUCUUAACACAACAGAAACUACACAACAACAAGGUAUAUCAUUGCCAUGUGUGUGUGUGUGUGUGUUUUCACAUUACGACUCAUCUAAACUAAACUUUGUUUUUUACAGCAUCAACUAGACAUCAAAUAGUUUAUGUGUUGCAGACGCAGAAAAGCUUAUUCAUGCAUUUGUGACCUCACGGCUUGACUAUUGUAAUGCUCUACUUAGUGGUUGUCCUGUAUCAUCGAUAAACAAACUACAGUUAGUUCAGAAUGCAGCUGCCAGAGUUCUUACUAGGUCAAGAAAAUACGAUCACAUAACCCCAGUUUUAUCAUCGCUUCACUGGCUACCCAUUAAGUAUCGCAUUGAUUUUAAAAUUAUUUUAAUUACUUACAAAGCCCUGAACGGUUUAGCACCUACUUACUUAACCGAGCUUUUAUCACGUUACAACCCAUCACGCUCGCUGAGAUCUCAAAACUUAGGACUUUUGACAAUACCUAGAAUAACAAAAUCCACCAAAGGUGGACGAGCUUUCUCAUACGUAGCACCUAAACUCUGGAAUAGCCUCCCUGAUACUAUUCGAGGGUCAGACACACUCUCCCAAUUUAAAUCUAGAUUAAAGACACAUCUUUUCAGCCAAGCUUUCACUUAAUGCAUAGUUAAUGAACAGCAGCUACGCUAAUUAUUCUCUUUAUUCUCUUUCCGCCUCUGCCUCGGGAUGCCCAUCCCGAGGUAGGAAGAAGUUCCACCAUGUCCAGACGACCGACAGAUGCCCAUCCCGAGGUAGGAAGAAGUUCCACCAUGUCCAGACGACCGACAGAUGCCCAUCCCCAAUUUGAGAUUACACCAGAUACAGCUGCAGACUGACUGACCAUCCCAGCUCCAUCUAAGGCAAUUCCACCAGCUGCCAAGAGAAAUAUGACCAUCGGACCAUCCCAGCUCAGACCACUACAUCCCCAACCAAGAGCAAAGACGGACUAUUUGUCUUAUUAAUGCUGAAGUUACAAUAUUUGGUAUUAAAUGCUAAACUAAAAUCACAUGUCACCAGUCUGAGUGCAGCUAUGACACGUCAGAGGGGAUCUGGCCCUCCCGGUUGAGCCUGGUUUCUCCCGAGGUUUUUUUCUCCAUUAAUCAAUCAUUGGAGUUUGGGUUCCUCGCCACAGCAGGGCAGUGUUGGCCUGCUCACCGGGAGACUGCAUUCAUUCAUUUAUUUAUUUAGAAAUUAGAUGUUAUUUAUUAGAAUGAACUUACUCGUUGUAUAAAUACCAUGCACUGUGCUGUGUUUUAACUUUUCUGUUUUUCUUGUUUGCCCCUGUAAAGCUGCUUUGAAACAAUACACAUUGUGAAAAGCGCUAUAUAAAUAAACUUGAAUUGAAUUGAAUUGAACUACAACAUCAAUAAUAAUAAGAGUGAUUCUAGUGAUUGUUGAGGUGUCAGUGUUUGCUGCUCCUACUGUCAUUCUUCUUCAGAUCAUCUGUGCAGGAAGAGCGCAAAACAGAAGAAGGACUCAGAACGCUCAUCCAGAAGACACAGUGAUGUCAGCAGUUUAGGAAUAAAAUCUCAAGGGCACCUCAGUUGUUAGCCGCCGGCCCUAAGAAUUGAACCUGCAACCUUCUGGUCACAAGUCCGACUCCCUAACCAUUAAACCACAACUGUCUAUAAUAUCUUCUUUUCUAUAUUAAUGUGAUAGUUCAUCCCCAAAUGAAACAUCUGUCAUCAUUUACUCACCUUCAAUAACCUGUAUUUUUUUCCUUUAUACACAAAAUAAGUUAUUUUGAAGAAUGUGGGGAAGUAAACAAUUCUGGGUCAACAUUGACUAUAGUAAUCUUUUGUUUGGUUACACACAUUCUUCCAAAUUCUUUCUUUGUGUUCAGCAGAACAAAGUAUUUUACACAGAUUUGAAACAUCUUGAGGGCGAGUAAAUGAUGACAGAAUUUUCAUUUUUUCCUGAACUAUUACUUUAAAUAUGUUAACAGAGUCUGACGGUUUGUGUAACUGCAUGUGUGUUACUGCAUUUGUGUAACGUAGUUAAAUUGUGUGUUGAUUUAUAUCUGUUAAUUCUGGCUCAAACAUGUUUUGAUAUUGCAUAAUAGCUGAAUAAAAUGUCUGAUAAUGA